UUUUGUAUUACCUUUGAUUUUGUUGAAUUGUGUGCGGCAGAUUUUUGUUUCGGACGUGCACCAACAUAUAUCAAUUCGGCAAAAUGUUGAAUGGAACAUUGGCAGAGCCAUCCGUACAUUUCUUCGAAGGUGUAGAGAAAUUAUUGGAAAUUUGGUUCGAAGACGGUGAUAGCGACGAAUGUGACUUGAGGAAGAUACCGAGAUCUAAUUGGGAAACUUUACUGCAAGUCGUUAAAUGUGAAAUUAUAAGUUUUUCCAAAAAUGAUGCCAUCGAUGCUUACGUGCUAAGUGAAAGUAGCAUGUUUGUGUCCAAAAAGCGAUGGAUUCUAAAGACCUGUGGCUCCACAACGUUACUUAAAAGCCUAAAGCCGUUACUGGAACUUGUGCCACAGUAUGGCUUCACAGAAAUAACCGACUUGUUUUAUUCAAGAAAGAAUUUUUCGAGGCCAGAACUUCAAUCAUUCCCUCAUCGUGGAUUCUGCGAGGAAGUCGAGUACCUUGAUACUCUCUUUGAAGAAGGCAGAUCCUACUGUUUGGGUUCAAUCAAUAGAGAAUGUUGGUAUUUGUACACAUUCAGCAAAUAUAAGAAAGAAGUGAGCAGACCACCUAAAUUGGAUAAUUCAGAACCGGACCAAACUAUUGAGAUUUUGAUGCAAAAUCUAGAUAAUGAUGUUAUGGGCAAGUUUUCCAAAGAAAAAUUCUCAACCGGUGCCGAAGUGACCAAGGCUUCAGGCAUAGAUAAACUGCUUCCGGAAAUGGAAAUAGAUGAUUUUCUUUUCGAUCCGUGCGGAUAUUCAAUGAAUGGAAUUGGCGCAAAGGGCGAAUAUAUGACCAUUCAUAUAACACCUGAAAGCAAUUUUUCCUACGUCAGUUUUGAAAGCAAUGUUUCAAUGAAUAAUUAUGCGGAACUCAUAAACCGGGUGAUCAAAACUUUCAAGCCGGGAAAGUUCGUUGUAACAAUUUUUGCAAAUAAGUCCUCACCUGCUUACGCAACUAUAAAGGAGUUAGAACUCGAAUACACAGAGACGACCAGUUGGAAACGCUCCGACAUGCAGUACUGCAGUUUUCCGCUUUACAAUUUAUUAUUCGCACAAUAUCGUCAAUGUGCUUGAGAUUGAGUGUUGACCCGCACAGAAAUCUUAAAUGUUUUUAACACAUGACUUCAGUAAACUUAUUUCUGUUAAACUUGUAGAAUAAAAACUAAAGCCAAAAAUCAGAAUAGAACGAAAAAUAUAUACAUACAUAUUUCA